AAUGUCAGAGUGAAGACAUUAUUUUUGUUUGUAUAAUCUGCUGCACUGUGGAACCUGAUGGAGAAUAACAUCCAUCUGACGUGUUAAUUAAGGGUUGAGAUGAAAUGACAGAUGUGCGGAAUAAGGCGCUGGGAAAAGAAGACUUUUCAGGCCUCUAGCUGACCCGUAGACAAGUUCAACAUGGAGCCAGAAACAGGUUCAGAUUCAUGUCCUCAAGUGGACUCCACUGAGUCGUCAACUACGGACGUAGUAGACACCCAGCAUUUAUAUCCUCCAUUACCAACUGAAGAGACAAUGAAUACACAGACCACAGUGACAGGUCUUGCAAGUGUUGAUGUGGGAACCAGUUCAGGCAAACAUGCGAUAGGAGACGCCAGAACAGACAAGUCAGAAGUUAAUCCUGCAAAACGCAGCAAACUCCAUACGACCGAACCAGAUGCUGCCUUUUGUCAGGUACCUGUAAUGAGCCCAACACACAAAAACCUGUUGGUACAAAUGCGCCAAAUGCUGAUAACAGAUCUCCAAGUUGAGGGCAUCAUCCCGGACAUGGUGGCCAGCGGCAUCCUUAGUAAACUUAAUGCAGAUAAGAUAAAGGCUCAAAAGACGGAACAAGACCAAGCUUUUGAAUUUCUCUGUAUUCUACCGAAAUGUGGUCCUCGUGCAUUUGACACCUUUGUUGAAGUGUUGAGAAAACACAACAAAAAAGAACUUGCAGGUUCGUUAGCAGAAAAGGCGACCAGUUGUUGUAGUAAAAACCAAAUAGCAAACGUUUACAUCAAUCAUAUGAGCCAGAUACAGCGACUUCCCUGGGACCCCGACGAUACAAUGCACAUGGACGAUGUGUAUGUUAACUUACAAUGGGUACAAGAAAAAAGAGAACCCAAAGGCAUAAGUUGUAAUUCAGUUGAAAGUUACACCUCAAUAUUUAAAAAUACUGAACAAGGCAAAAAACCAAAAAGAAUAUUGGUCAGAGGCAAAGCAGGUAUUGGCAAAACCACUUUUACACAGAAGAUGGCAACAGACUGGGCAAAUGCCACACUAGGAUUGAAAGACUGUAACAAUGUUCUGUCAAAAUAUAAACAUCUUAUCAUAUUAAAUCUACGCAGCAUUCAGCCUGGUCAAACACUGAAAGAAGCAAUUGAAAUACAAAUUCCUUGUUCUGAAGAAAAUACGAAAGCAGUGGUAGAGGAAACCAUGCAUGCUCUAGACUUUGACGGUGACCAAGUGCUAUUGGUCUUUGACGGUUAUGAUGAAUACGACCCCAAGACUUCACAAGAAAUUAGAGAUGUCAUCAAUCGCAGACGAUACCAGGAUGUAUGCACCAUCAUCACAACUCGUCCAUGGAAAGCAGUAGAGUUGAUGAACAGACGUAUUAUGGACAGUGUGUAUGAAAUCACUGGGCUAACAGAGGGCAAUAUAGCUCAGUAUGCUGCAAAUUUCUUUGAUGACAAAGAAACAUAUGAUGAAUACCUGAAAUUGGAGAACAUGACUAGAGAAGAAAUCCGUGAUUUUGAAGAAGCUCAUGAUAUUCGUAUUGAUCAUUUUGAGUGUUGUUGGGACACAUAUGGUGAAAUAGGGAAGGGUCUUUUAGGAUACCUAAGGAAAAUGAAUCUCAUGUCCCUUGCAAAUAUACCAAUACUUUUACUGUUCAUUUGUCUUUUGUGGGAAGAUUCUAAGAAAGAUUCACUUUUAGGUUCCUACACACUGCUAUAUGAGAACCUUAUACACUUGCUCAUAAGACGAAGACAUGGAAUCAUUUCACAGGAAAAAUUGGAUGAAAAGUUGGGAGAAUUCAAGGGGGCCUUUUUCAAGCUUGGUAAGCUGGCUUUAGAGGGUCUGUUUAAACCAGAUGGGGGUCUUGUAUUUGAUGAAGAAGACUUGAAAUCGAUUCCAAACAUCAGUGAGUUGUACAGUUUAGGUCUCCUCAACAAGUCCAAAGUACAUUGUAACUUUGAUGUGAAAUAUCAAGUAACAUUUCCUCAUAAAACCAUCCAAGAACUAUUUGCUGCAAAAUACCUUUCUUGGACAAUAAGUGAAAAGGAUCAUGUUUUAGAUGAAUUUUUAGGACGCUUAAACACCCUUGACAGGCUCUAUGACAUGAACUAUGUGCUGUGCUUCUUAUGUGGGUUAUCAGAGCAGGCGAUUGGCAAAGUGCGACCUAGAGUUCAAGAGCUGGCAAAGAUGGAUGCAACUCUAAAACACAUUUAUUCUCCAAAUACUGGAGGUGAAACCAGUAUUUUCUACGACAGACAUACCAUCUCAUGGUAUUAUCCCUUUGAUAGUACCAUUGCUGAUUGGUACAUACAAUAUUUUAACGAUCUCCUCCUAGAACACUGGUAUGCCCACUGUACCCAGGAAAGUGAUUUGACUCCUGAGCUUGCCCCCUGGCACACCAUACUCCGCAUACCACACUCCUUUAGACACUAUGAUCCCAGAUUUCAGGAGGUCUUGGACAACAGUUUACGCAACAAUAAACAGAUAUGGAAAAAUGUAUUCCAAGAUGUCAAUACUGUCAUUUCUGACAGCAAACCAUACUCAUGGGACGACGAAUUUGAAAGGCAUGAUAUACAGCAAAUGGAAGAUAAAACGAUCCCCUUAUUAAUGAUGUGUAAAUUAUUCAGGAAUCUUUCAUUUGUAUUUUGGGAUGAUAGCCAAAAAUGUAAUAAUCUCGGUACCGAUGCUAUAAAACAUGUAUUGUCCAAUGCGCCUAACUUAAACACACUUUGUAUCGAUAGAGACUUUGAUAGUUCAUACCUAUCUUUAAUACAAAACCCCGCAAAUUUCCGCAACCUGCUUGUUAGACAAUGGAAGGAUCUUAGUGAAGCACCAGAACCAGUUAGUGAAGCACCAGAACCAGUAGAUACUCAGAUCCUUAGGCAGAUGUCAGCAUUGAAGUGUUUACAUUUAGAACGCGUUACAUGUCAAAACUUGAAAAAAGACAUAGGAGGUCAGCUGCCGUUCAGUCGUGGUCUGACGCACUUAGCGAUUAUUGAUUUUCUCCUUACUGCUGAGUGUGUUAUGAUACUAGGGAAGAACCUUCAAUAUGUGUCAGGACUGGAACAAAUAAAACUGGAAGGUGUUUUCGAGUAUGACAAUUGUCCAUAUAUUGAUCAGGUUGAGAAUGAAGAACAUGGGUGCCCGGAUGUUUGUGAAGCUGUGUUUGAACUGGGCCACGGUGUGACACACACUCCUAAGCUGAAACACUUCUCAUUGGCAGACAAUAAGUUGGGUUUGCACUGUGGUAUUACCAGACCACUCACAGCAUUGGUGCAAUCUCUAUGUACAGUGUCAGAGCAGAUCGGAAUGGAGAUUGACUUAUCUCGUAAUUGGGAAGACAGAGUAGACGGCCUCAAGGAGCAGAUAGAGUGCAUUGUCAGGUCAUACCCACACGUGACCCUGACCUUUAAGUGGAGGUAG